UUUCAAUUCCCUGAUGAACCGCAAAGUAGAUCAGGAGGAAUAUUGGUUACCGGAUAGGCGGCUCUCGGCCACUAAGCAAGAUAUCCUCGUCGCUCCGCUGCGUCGCUCACGACAUAGCAAGGCAAUCACUUAAAUAUCCCCCCUCCUUACACAGGUUCUUGAGUCCUCCGUCAUGAGCGUUCGUUGGCAAAGGGGUACUAAACCUUUUGAAUACACCCCUGUCGGAAAUGAGAUACCCGAUAUUCCAGAUGAACUAUGUCCGAUACCUGCGAGUGCUGAUUUUCUCUUGUUCUUUCUCCAUCUCCGUAUCCACCGCGGUCAACGCCGCUUAAACAUCUUUUUUUUUUGCAAAGGUAUAAGAGGGACAGGGAAAUGCCCCGCAGUGCCCAACAAACAUUUAGUCUUCAUUGCUUAUAACAACAACUACUCAAGCCUUUCUAUGAUGGAAGGGGAUCAACGCUUCCAACUGAAUGAGUUCAUGCAGAGGAGGUACGGUGGCACUAGAAGAAUUGAAUGGGACGCGAAAGUGAGAGGUCCCCAAAACCAACCAAUAUGGGAGGUUAAAGCUUACUUAGAUGGGUAUGAGGUCGGCCGCGGCGAAGGACCUUCUCGAGCAGCAGCAAAGGAGGUAGCUGCCGCCCAGGCUUUAGCGUAUCUCCGCAGUCAUGAGGGAUGAGCGGAGCAGCCAAAGUAGCAGUCCGCUCACUCGCUGGUCCCGGAAACGUCAGUUUUUCAUGUGCUUUCAGGUGAUGCUGCCGAUAGCUGUGUAUGCUCUCAAUUUCGUGCUGUACAACCCACUGCUGUUUCUCCGCUAUAACCAUAGAAUAUAGAAUGUGCCCUUCCUGACGCAUUGAAUG